AUGUACAAGGAGAAGAGCGAGCACGACGUGCCGGAGCUCGAGGAAGAGGCCUCCCCCAGCAAGAAGAAGAACAAGAAGAAGAAGAGAGAAAACGACAAGAAGAUGAGCAAGGAGGAGAAGGCGGCAGCGGCAGCGGCAGAGGCGGUGGCGGCGGAUGCGGCGCUUGCUGAGAAGGAGAGGCUCAAGGCGGAGAAGGCGGCCGCCAAGCUGGCUUUGAAGGAGGCCAAGAAGCUCGAGAAGGAGGCUAAGGAUAAGAAACUGCAAGACAUCAAGCAGCAGAGGUACGACGUUGCGGUGGAGCGUCAAGGCCGUCUUCUUGCCGCUGCCAAGGCCAUGCAACUUCCUGGGAACCCCUUAGACCAGCUGGUCAACGAGCUGGGGGGCGCUGGUGUAGUGGCGGAGAUGACCGGCCGCAAGGGGCGCAUGGUCAAGAAGCCGGACGGGGAGGUCGUUUACGAGAAGCGUAACGCCAACGGGAUUUCCAUGACCAUGCAGAACGUGUUCGAGAAGGAGUGCUUCAUGUCCGGGCAGAAGCUGGUGGCGAUCAUCUCCGAAGCGGCGUCGGCGGGCAUCUCCCUGCAGGCCGACCGAAGGGCAAAGAACCAGAAGCCCCGGGUCCACAUCACCAUGGAGCUUCCCUGGAGCGCGGACAAGGCGGUGCAGCAGCUGGGGCGCUCCCACCGGUCCAACCAGAGCUCGGCGCCCUCGUACAAGCUCCUGCUGUCCAGCGUCGGGGGCGAAAGGCGCUUCGCCUCCGCCGUCUCCAGCAGGCUGGAGUCGCUCGGAGCGCUCACGCAGGGAGACCGGAGAUCUGCCGGAGCGCACGGGCUCGGGCUGUCGGCCUUCAACAUGGACACCAAGUACGGCCGCCUGGCCCUCGAGAAGGUGCUGCUGGCGGCGAUUCGCCGCAUCCAGCCGGAGGUGGUGUUCCCCGCCCUGCCCGAGGGAGAGGACACCAAGGCGAUGGAGAAAGACGUUACCCUUGCGGGGGGACUCGCCACCGACCGCAUCCGCGUGUACCGGCCUCUCACUGGGGCGAAGGACUACAGCCGGGCCAAGCUGAGGGAGAGCUACGAGAAGGUCUCGGUGGACAAGGCCAGGGGGUACUGGCGCGAGGAGUACAGCGGGGAGCGAAACGAGAUUCGUUUUAAGCACUUCGUCAUCCUCGCGGGAAGCGUGCUGCCCGUCUGGCGAAAGGUCGAAGGUGUGCUUAACGCAAACACGCACACCCAGCACGAGAGGCGGCUGCGCAUCGUCCGCGCCACCGAGAAGGAGGACGAGUGGAACAUGCACGACGACGACGGGACCGGCGAGAACGGGAAAGAAGGCGGCAGCGGCAGCGGCAGCGGUGAUGGCGACAAGGAGGGCGCCGGGGAGAAAGCAGGCAGCGACGGCGGAAGGGCUUCCGGGGACAAGGCGGCCGGAGACAGCAGCAGCAAGGAGGACGAGAAGCCGUGCUGUGAGGUCUGCGGAGGGAGCCAGGACGUGGGGGACUCUUCGGGCGAGGAGGAAGAAGCGGCGGCAGCGGUGGUGCCCGCCGGGAAGGGGAAAGAGGACGAAGAGAGCGAGGACGAGCCGUCUUCCUCAUCGUUUGAGGAAGAAGCAGAGGGGGGCGCCGCGAAGAGGAGGGUUACUAGGCGGGGGGGGUGGAGGGCGCCGGUGUUCGGGAAGGGGGAGGGGAAGCUGCUGGCCUGCAGGGAGGAGGGCUGCGGGAGACGGUUCCACAUGGGGUGCCUCAAGCCUCCCCUCUCGAGAACUCCGAAGGAGGGGGAAUGGUCGUGUCCCAUUUGCCGCAAGAGGAAAGCACACGCGGAGCGAGAGGCCAAGGCCCAGGCCAAGCGAGACCAGAAGAAGCGGGAGCUGGCGGCCAAGUUGGCCAAGUCGCCCGUCAAGACGAUCAAGCUGGAAGCGACGGACGGACCUCGAAACAUAAUCGGCAUUAUCCUCCCGGAGCGGUCGGUGGAGAGCGUGUGCGACGCCCUUCGCGGAUACGAGGCCGAACUUGAGAAGCAGCGCGAGGCGGGGGAAAGAAGGGAGAGGGAGGAGAAGGAGGCCCGGGAGGCCGCGGAGAGGGAUCGCCAGGAGGCCAAGCGCGCGCAGCAGGCCAUGAAGCUCGAAGAGCGCAACAAGCAGAAGGGCAAGGCUCACGGGGGCGGAGCCGGAGCCGGGGCCAGCGGAGACGUGAAGAGGGAAGAGGAGGCGGGGGAAGAGGAGCAGGACGGAGGUGCCCCUGUACUGUCUUCGCUGGACGGGCGUGGGUCGUUUAACGGGGACCUGGUGCAGCUGCUGCAGGGCGGAGGGGGAGCGCGGGCGGCGAAGAGGACGGCAAUGCAGCAGAUGCAGAGGGACGCACGGGGAGGGGGAGGGGGAGGGGGAGG